GGCGCGGGCGGGCCCGUCCCUCCCGCCCCUGGGUCGCUCUUUUUAAGCUCCCCUGAGCCGGGGCUGCGCUCCUCUAAUUGGGACUCCGAGUCGCGGCUAUUUCUGGUGUUGGCGCGGCUCCAAGAAGGCAUCCGCAUUUGCGACCGGCGGCGGCGGCGGCGGCAGAGCCCAGGCCGGUGCCCUGCGCCCAGCCCCGCCGCACCCGGCAGCCCUGAGCGCGCCCCGCCGGCGGCCUGCGGAGCUCGCGAGCCAGACUCACUCUGUGCUGCCCCACACAUAGAGAAGCAGAAUGAGCGAGUCGGUCUCAAAGUCCAGCCAGCCCCUGGCCUCCAAGCAGGAAAAGGAUGGGACUGAGAAGCGAGGCCGGGGCAGGCCGCGCAAGCAGCCUUCGGUGAGUCCUGGGACGGCGCUGGUAGGGAGUCAGAAGGAGCCCAGUGAAGUGCCAACCCCGAAGAGACCCCGGGGCCGGCCCAAGGGGAGCAAGAAUAAGGGCACAGCCAAGACGCGGAAAGUUACCACAACUCCGGGGAGGAAACCAAGGGGCAGACCCAAGAAACUGGAGAAGGAGGAAGAGGAGGGCAUCUCCCAGGAGUCCUCGGAGGAGGAGCAGUGACCACUUGCAGUGCCGCCUGCUCCUUGGCCACUGAGGAGCGGCCUUCCCCUGGGACUGGAAGCCCUGCUCCCAAGGCCCCGCCUCGCCCCCACUGCACGCUACUGCACCAGGCCCCAGCUGCAGGCUCUGCGGCACCCACGGGAGCAGGAUUUGGCUCAGUCCCUGUGCCCUCCUCCCCCAACACACCUGCCCCCUCCUGACAAGGUUAACUUCCCAUCAAGCCGCAGCCCAGCCUGCUGCGUGCCUCCCUCAGAGCCCUCGCUCUUAGCUCUCGGGCGCUUUGUUUCGCGGGUCCCUCCUGCCCUGCUGUUCCUGGCUUCCCUGUAGAGGGUCCUGGGAGCAUUCCCUGGCCUUAAGGGGCCACAGCCCCAUCUCAUUCCGACAAGCCCCGAUGGCUGACCUGGCGGCAGCAGUGUGGUCAGUGCAGGGGAAGCUUAGGUCCCAGCAUGUAUGUCCCCCAUCAAGCGUCACCGGGUGGGUUUCUCAGUCCCUCCUGCCCCACCCUACUGAGAAUCCUGCACCAGGUUGGCUGAGCCCCUUGGCUGGACAACAGGAAGUAGGAUGGUGUUGGCUCCACCCACUUUGCUGCUCUUCCCUGGGACAAGACAGAUGGGCGCUACCACCCAUCUCGAGUGAGGUCCUGAGCCCUUCCACCUAAGGCAGACGGGGCUCCAACAGGCGCCUCCCCCACUACACUCUUCCUCUAGCAGGGCACCAAGGAGCUCGCCUUGCCCCCUCUCCUUUUGCUCCUCCCUGCCCCCCAAGGUUCUGGUUCCACCUUUUCCUCUGUUCACAAACUACCUCUGGACAGUUGUGUUGUGGUUUUUGUUCAAUGUUCAUUCUUAGACACCCACCAUUGCUGCUACCAGCGCCAGAUGUCCAUCCUCCCGAUUUUGCCUGUACCCCCCACACAGUACACUCUAGGGGAAGGGGGGGGCUGGUGUGCAGCAGCAGGCUGGUUACUGAGUACCCCACGCUAGGGAAGAUGGGGCCCCCGCCCCGUGGAUGCUGCAGCAGAGUGAGGAGGGGGGCCCACUUGGAUGGGAAAAGGGUAUAGGACCACCUCCCCUUGUUGUCGGGGAGGGGUGGCCAGUAUUUGUCCCAGCCUGGGGCUCCCCCUCUGGUUUCCUAUUUGCAGUUACUUGAAUAAAAAAAAAAAUAGCCUUUUCUGGA